UAAAGGGGACUUCGGCAGCAGGGGUUUGUGUGUUUCGGUGUAUUUUUGUGUGUUCAGGAUGUGGUGCAGCAGAGCAGCAGUUCGGCAGGUUGCGCUUGGGCUCAGAGGAACGCAGCGUGCCAUGGCCACGUUACCGCGCGUGUACGUCUCCCGUAAAGUGCCGCCGCAGGGACUGGACAUCCUGCGCAAAUCUGGACAAGUGCAGAUUGAGCUUUGGGACUCGGACGACCCCGUUCCGCGGCAGGAGCUGCUGAAAAAGGUGAAAGGUUGCGACGGGCUGCUCUGCGUCCUCACCGAGAAGAUCGACGCUGAAUUGUUGGAUGCUGCAGGUCCAAACCUAAAAGUGGUUAGCACUAUGUCAGUCGGGUUUGAUCAUCUUUCACUGGACGAGCUAAAGAAAAGAGAAAUCCGUGUAGGAUACACUCCAGAAGUGCUGACUGACGCGGUGGCCGAGCUGACUGUUGCCCUUCUCCUCGCUACCUCACGAAGACUUAUCGAGGCUACGCAUGAAGCCAAAACUGGUGGCUGGGGAACAUGGAGAACUCUGUGGUUGUGUGGUUACGAGUUGGCCAACAGUACAGUCGGCAUCUUUGGACUUGGAAGGAUCGGAGUGGCCAUCGCUGAGCGUCUGAAGCCCUUUAAGGUGAAAAAAUUCAUCUACACAGAUGUGGCACCGAGACCGGAGCUGGCAGAGGCCAUUCAGGCGGAGUUCGUGUCCAUGGACGAGUUGGCCAGACAGUCUGAUUUCCUGGCAGUGUGCUGUGCUCUAACUCCGACCACUCAGGGCAUCUGCAACAAGAACCUUUUCGCCAAGAUGAAGAACACGUCCAUUUUCAUCAACACCAGCAGAGGAGGUGUGGUGAACCAGGAGGACCUGUAUGCAGCGUUAUCUUCAGGCCAGAUCGCUGGAGCUGGACUUGACGUCACCACGCCAGAACCUUUACCCACUAACCACCCGCUCUUCACACUCAACAACUGCGUGAUCCUGCCACACAUCGCCAGCGCCUCAUACACUACGCGUAACGCCAUGUCUGCUCUCGCCGCCAACAACCUGCUCGCUGGCCUCAGAGGAGAUCCCAUGCCCAAGGAGCUUCAGCUGUAGAACCUGAUUCAGAACCCACUCAUUAGCACUGCUGACACUGUUGAGAAAUGAAUAAAUCCAUCAUUUUGACCACA